AUGUCUGAUUUGGAAAAUCUUUUUCAAAUGGGUGAAAAGUCCGGUUUGUCCGGGGAAACUUUGCUCUCCUUUAUAAAAGAAAGAGAGGAGGCAGAAAGGAAAGAAAGAGCUUAUGAGCGUGAAGAGAGAAAUAGAGAGAGAGAAUUUAAGAAAUUAGAAAUGGAGAGAGAAAUUGAGAUGGAAAGAUUACGUAGUGGGUCACAGAGGGGUGAUAGUCGUACUACUAGUGAGAGUGGUACUAAGGCUAAGUUGCCAAAGUUACUUAAUUUUGAUGACAAGCGUGAUAGCAUGGAUGCAUAUCUCAAAAGAUUUGAGCGAUUUUCAGAGAGUGCUGGAUGGAAGAAGGAAUGUUGGGGUGCAAAUUUGAGUGCACUGUUGCAGGGGCGUGCCCUGGAUGUGUAUUCGAGACUCACAGUUGCUGAGGCUAAUGAUUAUCAGAAACUUAAGGAUGCCCUGCUAAAAAGGUUCAAUCUCAACGCAGAUGGUUUCAGGGAAAAGUUUCGUAGUAGUAAAUGUGAAUCAGGGGAGACAGCGUCUCAAUUUGUAAUUCGAUUGGGAGAUUACUUAACCAAUUGGAUGUGCCAGGCUGGGUCUGACGAAACCUAUGAGGGUUUAAGAGAUUUGAUUUUACGUGAGCAAUACUUGAAUGGGUGCUCAAAGGGACUGCAAGUGUUCUUAAAGGAGCGGAAGUUUGCUUCAGUAACAGAGAUGGCCGAUUGUGCAGAUCGGUAUAUUGGGGCCCAUGAGGGCAAUGGCAAAACGGGGAAUGAAUCUAGAGAUGGUGUGAAAGGUAAGGCUUGCUUUGUUUGCAAUGGACCACAUUUACGUAGAGACUGCCCGAGGAUAAAUGGUCGGAACACCAUGGGCACAAACAACCAUAGGGGUGGUAACCUAUCAGGCCAGUAUUCAGGUAAUGGUUUCAAAAGCUGGGAACCAGCAAGAGGUGGAAGAAGACCUGAAGACAAGUAUGACCGAAAGGUGAGUAAAUCUAGUUUGUCGGCGUGUGGCCUAUCCCAAGGAAAGGUAAGUCUGUCAUGUGGUCACAAAUUACCUGUCAUGUCGGCAGCGUGUGAUGGACCUAUUCGGGAAAAUAUGCCGGAGUGCAUAGGAUGGGUCAACGGAAAACAAAUUCGUGUCUUGAGGGAUACUGGAUGUUCAUCAGUGGUGGUAAAGAGGUCUUUUGUACCAAACCACAGUUUUACUGGGAAAGUUCAGAAUUGUGUCUUACUUGAUGGAACAGUGAGACAAUUUCCCACGGCAAAAGUGUUUGUGGAAACACCUUAUUAUACAGAAGAGAAGAAAGUGGAUGAAACGGUGAACGAACAGGCAGCAGUAGUCACAAGAGCUCAGGCUUCAAAAGAAAAGGUAAGCAAAAUCAAACCGCUAAAGGUGCCAACACAGAUCAAGGGGAUGAAUCCACAGAUGUUUCAAGAAGCACAGAAAAGUGACCCAACUCUUCAAGCUUCCCGGGAACAAUCAAUGUCGGAAGAGGUGAAGCAGUGUGGAAAACUGAAUACUUCUCGGUAUUAUGAACGCAAUGGAUUCUUGUACCGUGAAUUUACGUCUCCAAAACAUAACAAGGGAGAACCUGUUUGUCAGCUUGUUGUCCCUAAGGAAUUUCGAGAUGAAAUCAUGAAGAUAGCUCAUGAGAGUUUAUUAGGAGGACAUCUAGGAAUGCAGAAAACAUUGGAUAAAGUACUGUCACAAUUUCAUUGGUCUGGGGUAAUGUCAGAUGUGAAACGUUUCUGUACCUCCUGUGAUACCUGUCAGAGGAUGACAUCAAAAGGAAAAGUUUCCAAGGUUCCGUUGGGAGAAAUGCCAUUAAUAGAUACACCAUUUAAACGCGUGGCUGUUGAUCUGAUUGGACCUAUUACACCAGUUAGUGAAAGAGGAAACCGGUACAUAUUAACGGUGGUUGACUACGCUACAAGAUAUCCGGAGGCGAUGGCAUUGAAGAACAUUGAGACAGAAACCGUUGCAGAGGCAUUAGUAGACAUUUUCACUCGAGUUGGAGUUCCACAAGAAAUGCUUAGUGACAUGGGAGCACAAUUUACAUCUGGACUCAUGAAGGAGAUAAGUAGGCUGUUGUCAAUGAACAGUUAG